CCGGACAAACUGACAAUGACCAGUCGAUUCGGUUGUCUCUUCGUCUCCGACUCCCGCACAGUCUCUCUGAUGUGGGGGAGGGAUCUGCCGGAGGGGGCUCCAUUUAUCGGAGCUCAGCGGCGAGUCGUGAUUCACCGUGACAAGCUCCAAAGAUCCAUCGCAUUGCGUCUCUUGUUCCCCCAUCUUUCUUUGCCGUCCCUCGUCAAUCUGAUUAAUCAGCCGGACCAGUCCGUUGCCGCUGCCGUCCCUGCCGCACGUCUUCAAGAUAUCUCACACUUCUAGACGCCGCAUGUCUUUUUUGUUUGCGUAACAUCGACCUAUUGUAGAGACUGACGGAUAUACUCACUUCUUUUUGACUUUGGUACGGGGUAUAUCUACGUCAUACAUAUCCUACAUCGGCGACCCCCAGGUAAACCCAAAUCACCGCCCGCACCGCCAAAAACCGCUACAAAACCUCGGCAUGGGUUCUCAAGCUUGGAACCUUCCCGCACCAGUCGACGACCCGGACUCCAUGCUGUCCCGCAAGUUUGGGCGGGAGACCGUCAACUACUUCGCCGGCAGCGUCCUCAACCGCGUCGGCUGGCUCCGUACUGACCACACCUUUAUCCGCGCCGCCUUCCAGUCAAAGGACACCAAGUUCAUGCUCCUCAAGGACCUCAGCCCCCUCACCAGCGCCCCGACAAGAGUGCAGUUCGUCUCGUAUGACGACGUCAAGCCCCUUACCACCGAGGACCCGUUCGGGCCGUCUGAGGAGGACCUGAUUAAGAACUUUGACUCGACGGCCACGAAGCCGCUGAUCAUCUUUUUGGGGCUCGAGGAGAGCGCAAAAGUGCCGUUUGAGUACAAGGGGCUCAAGGGACGGCCGUGGUUCGCCGUUGAUGUGACGCCCAAGGGGUCGUACGCCGAUGCCGCUAACCAGCUUAUCGAGGCUCAGUCGAGCAAGGGGUACAAGUUCCUCGAGGGAAUGAGGCCGAUGACGCUCGAGCCGGAUCAUGCUGGUAUCUACGCCCAGGCCCGUUCCAUCGCAGACUGGAACACGCGCAACAAGUUCUGCGCCGGGUGCGGACAGCCGUCCCUGUCGGGCAACACGGGCUACAAGCGCCUCUGCCCGACCACCGACCUCGCCGGCUCAGACACGCCCCGCGAGCGAGCCGAGUGCGCCACCCGCAAGGGCGUCUCCAACAUCAGCUUCCCGCGUACGGACCCGACCAUGAUCGCCGCCGUCAUCUCCUCGGACGGCACAAAGGUACUCCUGGGCCGGAACAAGCGGUACCCGCCCAACUGGUACAGCACGCUCGCGGGCUUCAUCGAGCCGGGCGAGUCCAUUGAGGAGUCUGUCCGGCGCGAGGUCUUUGAGGAGGCCGGCGUGCGCGUGGGCCGGGUGGUGAUCCACUCGAGCCAGCCGUGGCCGUACCCGGCGAGCUUGAUGAUUGGCGCCAUUGCGCAGGCGCUGCCCGACGGCGAGACGAUUGAUCUCGGUAACGACCCUGAGCUGGAGGACGCUCAGUGGUUCCCGCUCGAGACGGUGCGGGACGCGCUCAAGUUUGGUGUUAGCGGACUUGGUGAGCCUGCGCCGGAGGGGUAUAAGGAGGGAGGGCUUCGUUUGCCUCCUCCGGCGGCUAUUGCGAACCGCUUGAUGACUGCUGUUGCUGAGGGUUAUGCGACUGCCGCGCCAAAGAUGUGAGAGAGGGUGAUGGAGGGUUUCCCAGGGUUUGAGGCUCGCGAACGUGUUUAGACGUCAUGAUAGAUGUGAAUGAAUAGAUUCGCCCGCAUGUUUGCGUUUUUCCCGAAUCUCAAGCCGAGAUGCCUAAAUGUGAGCGCAGCAGUGCUAGUACUCUACAAUUGAGUGAGGAAAUGGCUUCACAAUAAAUGUGACAAACGUAGAUGCAAAAAAGGAAGAGAAGGGGGGUUGCUUUCACCAGAAAGACUCCAAGUCUCACUUGAAGGAUGUCUAAAUAAGUAUCGGGUGACAUCAAGGUCCUCAACGGAUCCCACGCCUCAAAAAAGUGACAAGAGGCAACCGGAGCCAUUCAUGCCUGCUCGGGCACGUAGGGCUGAGGAGCCG